GGGGGAAAAAUCAAGAGCUGCGCUUUUAAACGAAGUUGCCCUUGCUGGUGUUCAGGGUAAAAAUAGAGGCGGUCGCUUGGACCAGCUUGGCCCUGAGUCCAGGCGUCCCGCGAGCCGGGCUGGAGCUGCGCAUUCGGGAGUGAUCCCUGGAAACUGCCAGCAGGUGCUGCUCAAGUGCCAAUACCAUGAAGAGGAACUCAGACAGCUCUGACCUCAUGAGACAAGAGCCGGCUGACAAAACAGAAGGGACCCGAAAGAGAAUUUGCUGAAGAGGAGAAGGAAAAAAAGUCCAAAAAAACCUGUGCGUAAGGGGUGGGGAGGAAAAGCAGGGUCUUUAAAGAAGGCAACCACACGACUUUUGCUGCCAGGAUGCCCUUGCUUUGGCUGAGAGGAUUUCUGUUGGCAAGUUGCUGGAUUAUAGUGAGGAGUUCCCCCACCCCAGGAUCCGAGGGGCACGGCGCAGCCCCGGACUGCCCGUCCUGUGCGCUGGCCACCCUUCCGAAGGAUGGACCUAACUCUCAGCCAGAGAUGGUAGAGGCUGUCAAGAAGCAUAUCUUAAACAUGCUGCACUUGAAGAAGAGACCCGAUGUCACCCAGCCGGUGCCUAAGGCAGCACUUCUCAACGCGAUCAGAAAGCUUCAUGUGGGCAAAGUGGGGGAGAACGGGUAUGUGGAGAUAGAGGAUGACAUUGGCAGGAGGGCUGAAAUGAAUGAACUCAUGGAGCAGACCUCGGAGAUCAUCACCUUUGCCGAGUCAGGCACAGCCAGGAAGACAUUGCACUUUGAGAUUUCCAAGGAAGGCAGUGAUCUGUCAGUAGUGGAGCGUGCAGAAGUCUGGCUUUUCCUGAAAGUCCCCAAGGCCAACAGGACCAGAACCAAAGUCACCAUCCGUCUAUUUCAACAGCAGAAGCACCCACAGGGCAGCUUGGACAUGGGGGAUGAGGCCGAGGAAAUGGGCUUAAAGGGGGAGAGGAGUGAACAGUUGCUAUCAGAAAAAGUGGUUGAUGCUCGGAAAAGUACCUGGCACAUCUUUCCAGUGUCUAGCAGCAUCCAGCACCUGCUGGACCAGGGAAAGAGUUCCCUGGAUGUGAGGAUUGCUUGUGAGCAGUGUCAGGAGAGUGGUGCCAGCCUAGUGCUCCUGGGCAAAAAGAAGAAGAAAGAGGUGGAUGGAGAUGGGAAGAAGAAAGACGGAAGUGACGGAGGGCUGGAAGAGGAAAAGGAACAGUCACACAGACCUUUCCUCAUGUUGCAGGCUAGGCAGUCUGAAGACCAUCCUCAUCGCAGGCGUAGGCGGGGCUUGGAGUGUGAUGGCAAGGUCAACAUUUGCUGUAAGAAACAGUUCUUUGUCAGCUUCAAGGACAUUGGCUGGAAUGACUGGAUCAUUGCUCCCUCUGGCUAUCAUGCCAACUAUUGUGAGGGUGAGUGUCCAAGCCACAUAGCAGGCACCUCUGGGUCCUCGCUCUCCUUCCAUUCAACAGUCAUUAACCAUUACCGCAUGAGGGGUCAUAGCCCCUUUGCCAACCUUAAGUCAUGCUGUGUGCCCACCAAGCUGAGACCUAUGUCCAUGCUGUAUUAUGAUGAUGGUCAAAACAUCAUCAAAAAGGACAUUCAGAACAUGAUUGUGGAGGAGUGUGGCUGCUCCUAGAGUGGUCAGGUCCCAGAGCAAGUGGAUCUAGAGAGUCCAGAGAAGACAGUGGCAAAAUGAAGAAAAAAAAUAUAAGAUUUCUGAACUAAACAAAACAACCAGAAAAAUAGAAAUAAUAAUAAUAAAAAACCCACAAAAAAAAAA